GCAUGUAUAGACGACAAUUUAGACAUGGUGGAGUUCCUGGUGGACCAAGGGGCGGACGUCAAUCGGGGGGACAUGGAGGGGUGGACGGCGCUACACGCCACCGCCUCCUGCGGGUUCAACAGUAUAGCCAAGUUCCUAAUAGACCGGGGAGCAGAUCUCUCCUUAGUGAACAACGAUGGUGACCUAGCCAUCGAUAUAGCAGAUUCAGAUGAAAUGGAAAGUUUAUUACAACGAGAAAUAGAAACUAGGGGAAUUGAUUGUGAUGCUUCUCGAAAUGAAGAGGAGCGGCGAAUGCUAGAAGAUGCUCAGAUGUGGCUUGGUGCUGGUUACCUUGCUGACAGACCUCACCCAAAGACUGGGGCUACGGCACUUCAUGUAGCAUCAGCAAAAGGUUACAUCAAAGUUAUGAGUUUAUUGUUAGAGGCGGGAAGUGAUAUCAAUGCUCAGGACCUUGAUGGAUGGACACCUCUCCAUGCUGCUGCACAUUGGGGUCAGAGGGAAGCUGUAGAAAUCUUAGCAGAAAAUAUGGCUGAUAUGGAUGUCCGGAAUUUUGUGGGUCAGAGUGCAUUUGAUGUUGCAGAUAACAGUUUAUUACGUCUAAUGGAUGAACUCAAGAGAAAACAGGUUUCUAUGAAAGUAAACCAAAAUAAACAGACCCCAAGAAAGCGCAAAACCUCCCCCCACCGAGACCAUAGUAAUAAGAAGGAGCGUGAAGACCAGCGGGAGUCUGAUGGUACGUCUGGUGAUGAGUCCUCAUCUGAUGUGGAGAAGAAAAAUAAGGUGAACAAAGAGAAUGCCACCCCACAGAUCAUCCCCACAAGUGUAUUAUCUGAAAAGAACAGCAGCCGGGCGCUUCCUCAGGCCCGGGCUGACAGCACUAUGGAUGAGUCAGAAGUUCAGUCUUGGAGAAGACCUUCCUCACUUCGCAAGACUAUCUCAGAUGACAAAAACCAAAAAGAAGAAGUAUCUCGCAACAUAUCCACGCAACCACGGCCGAGCACCAGAGAAUCGGAAGACAUACUACCAGGGAAGAGAGCCCCAGAAAAGGAUGAAAGCUCUCUGAGCGUCACCCGAGAGAGACUCAAGGCGCGGUCAUGCCCAGCUCUAAGUCAGUUGGAGGAGGAGGAAGGAAGGGAAGGAGGAGGAGGAGGAGGGGGGGCACAGGUGUUUCCCCGACCCCGCUCACGCCUGGGAGUGAUUACCUCCUCUUCCACCUUGUCAUCACCCUCAUCCUUAGCCAUGUCACAGCGUCUGUCAUCCUCAGACAUUAAUCUUCCUACUGUUCCAAAUCACCCUAACCCUAGCUCUUCCAAACCUCACAUAUCCAUAACCAAUACCCAGUUGCCGAACCCUGCCUUUGAGGCAUUUGUUCCCAACCUUAGCCCAGUGUCCUCUCCUGUGAAAACAGCAGAUAUCACAAUCACACCACCACCCACUUCUGAUAUACCUACAGUUAAAAAUAAUAAUACUAAUAUGAAUGUAAAUACAAUAUCAUCAACAGAAACAUGUAAUAUAUCCACCUCUGUUGAAGAUACACCAGUAUCAACACCACCUCAUCCAGUCAUAUCAUCUUCCACAAGUCAAACCACUACAGUUUCCAACAAUACGACAUCCAAUACGACAUCCACUUUAAGUCCCAAGCCAAUUUUAAGUCCGACUCACAGGCCUUUGGGACAGUCACUCUCAACCCCAAUAUUACCAGGCUCAUCCCCAUUGUUACCAUCUGCGCCAUCUGCGUUAACCCCCUCCUCCUCCAUGGUUACUACCUCCACCUCCACCACCACCAUCACCACCGCUGGCCUGGCCUCUCUCUCUACUAACCAAACUACUAACAACAAGGACCCCCGGCUGCUGGCACGGUCCGCAUCCCUGAGAGAAAGAAUUCAGAGGAAUCAUGUGGACAGCAUGGCGCGUGUCACUCUGCCUCAGGAGCCCAACGUGUCUACCAGCUCAGUCGUCACCACCAAUGCUUCACCUCCUGCGCGCACCAUAGGAAGCCUCGUGCACUCGUCUAGGUCGUUUGUGCCGCCGAGUCGUGAUGAGGAGAGUGAGACUCAGAGGAAGGCCCAUGCCAAGAUGGUGCGAUCGACUCGAAGGUCCACGCAAGGAGUUACCCUAGAAGAUAUCAAAUCUGCCGAGCAGCUCAUGAAGAACAAGCAGCAGCAGCAGCAGCUUCAGCAGCAGGCGUCUACAUCUAGUCCAGAGUCCAAGGAAUCACCGUCCUCCACCCUCACUGUGUCCACCCCCACCACACAAGGCACACCCACAACUACCCCAUCUUCACCCUCAUCCAAGCCAAAGCCCGAGUCACCCACCAAACCCGAAGAAGAGGAGCGUCGGCCCUCCUGGAGGCUGAAGGUGGAUGAGACUGAUAAGAAUAAGUUUUCAUUGGAAAAUGUUCGAUCAAAAGACAAACCUGAAGUUGAAAAUGAUGCUGAAUCAGUCACAGUUCCACUACGUAAAAAGAAUUCUGAAGAGAAAGCAGAUGAAGAUAAAGAUAGCGAACGCAUUUCGCAAACGCGGGAGGGCACCCAGGCUGCAAUCCAACGGCGGAAAAAACCCAAGAGGCGCUCCACGGGCAGGGUGCAAGUCAACAUGGAUGAGAUUGACCCUGAGAAGAGAGCACAGCGCUUGGCCGAGCAACAGCAACAGCCAGGCGAUGAAGGCAGCGAGGAGGAGGAGGAAGAGAAAGAUUCGGUAAGUGUAGGCCUAUGCCGCCCUGAUGAAGUAACGUGUCGCUGCACCUUUCCCCUGUCUGUCAGUGAGCGAGGGGAGGCAUCCAAAGGAUCGACCACAUCUCUGGGAUCGACUAUCAAUAGUCGUCCUUCAUCAAGGGCUCCUUCGCUUGGGCCAGAAAAUGGCGACAUCGAUUACAAGAAGUUAUAUGAGGAACAGCUGGAAGAAAACUUCAGAGUUCAUGAACGCCUUCGAGACACAGAGUCUGAGCUGCGGCAAACACGAGAAGCAAUUGAUCUCAACAAUAAGAAGAACAACACACGUCUUGCGAUGGCCGAGGCGGACAAACGGGAGAAGCGAGCCCUUGAACGCAAACUCUCCGAGAUGGAAGAAGAGUUGAAGCAAUUGCAAAAACUUAAGGCCGAAAAUGAAAAGUUGAAGGCUGAAAACCGAGCCUUGACUCGGGUGGUGUCCAAAUUGACCAAUUCAGCCACAUCGGGCAUGGGUAACUUGGCCACCUUGAGCAAAUAGUUGCUGGAACAACUGAAGCAGGAGAAUCAGCGUUUGAAGGAUGAAAAUGGGGCACUCAUCCGCGUGAUCAGCAAGCUGUCAAAGUAGUGAACACUCAGCUGUGAAUGUUGCUGCAAUGGAUGCUGCAGAUGAUUUGGUCUUCUGAUGAGAACCCCUCAAGCUGCAACCCAGUUGUUACAUAACUCUAGAGGAACUCUUUGGAUGUUCUAAAGCUUUCCUGCAAAACUAUGGGUGACUGUUAAGUCUUGCUGGGUGUUCUUCUUGCUAUUUAAGAAGUCCUAGUAGCUAUUCAAUAAGCUGGCUCACUGCCCAUGGCAUAUUCUAGGCUUAUCCAGUCACCAGAGUCUAGUGCCCAAGUAAAUGUUGUCACUGUGUGUAGGCCCAGUAUAUAUGGUGUAGGUGUUCAUACUGUGCCUCGUUAAUUGGCUGGUUUUAGUCUCAAAGCCUGAUGAAACAUUGUUAAUCUGAGAAUCAUGUUCCCUCAAAAACAAAAAUAAAUAGUAAUAAUAAUAAUAAUAAUAAUAAUGAUAAUGCUAAUAAUAGUAAAGUUAUAUAUUGUUAAGUACUUAAAGUAUUGAUUGUUAUAAUGUGUUAGAAAUGUUAAUGCAUUUACAAUGCCAUUAUUAGUUGUUACAGGAAUCAAGCACUUUGGAAUAAUGAUGUCCAGAUUAAAGAGUUUCACUACAUAAUAGUUGCUCCUGAUGAUAGUGAUAGACAGGGAGAAGUUAGAGAGUGUAUACCUUUUAUGCCUAGUGGAUGCUGGCUGAGACAAAGUAACUAAUGAAGAGUCUCACUGCCAGGCUGAGAUGUGAAACUUUAUGUAAAGGAGUUCAGCCAUUGGAAGGGUUUCACCACGUCAAAACAAUUCUUUUUGUAAGUGAAUUUGAGUCAGAAUAACUGCAUUGUGAUGGCUCAGGCUCACAGUUCAUGUCAUAAAGACAUUCUUGUUGUCCUUGUAACUUAGGACUGGUGUCCCAGCGGGCUAGACGAGUAAAGUCUGACUUGCAUGGAAAGAAUCCCAAUGACACACUCGGCCAGUGGCUCCACCUUUCCCCAAAGCCAAGUAAAACGGAAAUUUAAAGUAUAUUUGUGUGUUUUGCUCUUGUUGUCUAAGCUUCACAUUUUCCACAAACUUUCCUAGUACUUUCAUUAUUUUUAUUUUUACUUUAUUUUUUCUUUUGUAAUUACAAAUACACUUUUAGUAUUGUCAGAACGUACCAGUAGCCAUUGAUUGGCUUAAAAGGAUGAACCUUUGCUGUCUGAGACCCAACACAUCAAUGGCCAAGGCCAGUUCUGCUUUAGCUCUGUGUCCUACAGUCAGUAUUUGCUUGUACAGUGCCCAUGCUGGAUGUGUGGAAGAUCUGCUGUACAUUUGAGCAGUGAUGUGUGAUUUGAGAAUUGUAACCACUGUUGAUAAGUAAUUGGUGUAUAUAUUAUUAAAACUGGCCUUGUCAGUCACCAAAACUGGAAGCCAGAUUGCUCUUUACUUAAACAUUUAGCUUAUGCAUUUUCAAAAGUCUUGGUUACAAUCCUCAGGAAAUUAACUGAAAAGCAAUGCUAAAAGGCACAGAAAUUCACUCAGUGCUGGAUGUAGAUUUGAACUUAAACCAGAAAUCUUGUUAAUAACCAUGUAUAUUCAAAGGUGUACAUAGAAAUGUCAAAACCAUAGCAUAAAUACAAUCAUGAUUAUACAUAUUAUGUAAUGAAACAUUGACCUUAAUAUUUUCUCAAAUAAUACCAGGUUUGCAUUAAGGCUCUGUCAAGUGAAGAGCAUUUGUAUCUUUUCUUUUUUCCUCCAUUAUGGUGUUCAUGGUAAUGUUUUUUGUUUUAUCUUUUUUUUUUCCAGAAAAGUUGACAAAAAUCUUGAUUCUCAGUUCAAAUUUUCUUUACCAGGUCAUUGACUUCCACUUCAAGAAAAGUCUGGUGAAGUAAUUAUAUAAAAAAUAUAUAUAUAAUCUAUUUAUUUUUGAUUAUUUAUUCACAUUGCUUGAAAAUCUCUUCAAUCUGCUAAAUAAGAUGAAGCGUAACUGAUUUGAGAACAGUUAUGAAAUCAAUAACAAGGUUGCAUAGUGUUUUGCCAACAUGGUAAUUUUCCUUUAUCAUAUAGAAAAAACACAAAUAACACUGUAAUCGAUUUUCAUACUGCUAUGUAAAUGGUUAAUUUCUUCUGUAAGAUUUUUCCUGUUUCCUGUUGAAAAUUCUAAAUGUUAAAACUGCUUUAAUUGUGAAUAAAGUGUAAUAAGGUACAUUUUGAAAAAUGAUUAGAUCUUCUCUUACUCAGAUGGGUAAAGAAAAAGCCUUCAUCUUUUUCACCACUUAUUCUUUAUUUUUCUUUACUGUGUUAAAACAUGAUAUUAUGUAGCGUUUAUUGAACAAAGCAAUUAACCUCAAGUUGGUCAUGAUUUGCUGCACAUCACGAAAGCAAUAAAGCAAUAAUGCUCUAAUAGGAUUCUUGUUUUAGAAGGAAAUGCAUUAUAUGAAUUGGCUGCAUCUUUUUCCGAUCUUUUGUGACAGGUACACUUUUCUUUAGGUCAUAUUUAUGCUCUCUUAUGGUGAUUGUCAGUAAUAAUUGCAGAAAGCAGAAGAUUAAGAUCUCUGCAAGUGCCUUAACUGAAAGCAGAUGUUACCAUGUAUAUAUUAUUUUUAUGAUUGAUUUGAGUGUUAGUUCAUCAUUUCCAGUUGAGAUAUCAAUAACAUCUGUUAAAUUUCUUUGUUUUUUACAAUGAUAAGGAAAAAUGAGCCAAGAAAGCAUAAGGAGAAGGUCUAAUAAAUGUCAUCGUAGUCAUACAAUAAUUGCCUGAUGAGAUUCUGUGCCUUUGUUGAUAGAUUGAACAUGAGCUCAUUUGAGUAUGUGAAGACUUGCCUUUGUAUGCGCUGUUGUAAUCUAGAAAGUGUAAAAUAGCUUGCUGUAAACAUGCCUCUUUUGUAAAGCAAAAAGUGUAAACUGACACAAAGGUUAGUUUGAGAUAAAAAAAAAAAUAACAAAAAAAAAUCAACUAUCAUAUAUGUUAAUUUUUAUAAUCACUUAGAUUAUGCCAUGAUUAUUUAUGCAUGCUGGUCACUGAAGAAUAGAAACAUUGGUAGCAGAUGAAUUUGGUAUUAUUCUUUGGCCUUGUGCAUUGAUAAUUUUGGUAUGAUUACCAAGUGAAAAUUUUGUAGAAAAGCCUAGUCAAAGACAGAUUACCUUUGUAGGCUUAAAUAUGUAUCAAACACAAGUUGCUUCAGAUUAUUUGAAUCUAUUGAACUUUCUCCAUAAAAUUAAUUACACUCCAUACAGAUUCUUAAUGAUAUUUAAUAGUGUGUUUUUUCAUGACAGUGCAUAAAUUAUAUCAAGUGCCUUUCUCUUGUAAUUAUUGUAUGUGAAGGAAUAGUGAUUUAAUUAUUCAGUUAUUGUUCUGCAGGUCAUUAUAAACCAUUUGUAAGAUUAUCAUGCAUUGGUCUUGCCACAUUGUAUGUAAUUAUUUGCAAUAGAUGGUAGUCAUUUUUCUGAAAUCUUACAUAAUUAUAAUAAAUAUUUAAGAAAAUAAAGAUAUUUUAUAGUUAU